UAGAGCCCGUUCCCACUUAUCCGAUCAGUCUUUUUGCCCUGAAACCGGACGCCGGACGUGGGUGUUCACAUUAUAUCCGAUCAGUCUGUUUUGCCGGAAGGUCGGUGGUUCGACUCGCCGCCAGUUUACGUUUGUAUUUUGUACGCGAUGGACGGCGACGAUGAUGUUCUUAUAUUGUGGUGGUAUUUGAGGCGAAUGAGACGAAAAAGAUGUAGAAAACGAAGACAACAUUGGGUGCAUCCUAUACUUCGAGACCGAUUUUCCACAGGGACAUUUGAAACAUUGAUGGGAGAAUUAAGGAAUGAUGAGGCGAAGUUCUUUAACUACUUUCGAAUGUCUUUUUCCUCUUUCGACGAUCUCUUGGGAAGAAUUUCAAUGGACAUAAAAUUACAAGACACAAGAUUUAGAGAGUGCAUUUGUCCACAACAAAGGCUGUCCAUAUGUUUAAGAUAUUUUGCUUCUGGGUGUUCGUUUAAGGAACUCCACUACUCAUAUAGGGUAGGAAUAUCGACUAUUAGUAAAAUAAUAAAAGAAACAAGCGUCAUUAUUUGGAAGAGAUUAUGCACAGAUUUCAUGAAGUUGCCUGAUACAGAGGGAGAAUGGGAAGCCAUUGCAAAUGGAUUUGAAACAAAAGCUAACUUUCCUCAUUGUCUUGGAGCUGUAGACGGAAAGCACAUCAGAAUUAUAAAACCAUGCCAUAGUGGUUCCAUGUUUUUUAAUUAUAAAGAUUAUUUCUCGUUUGUAUUACUUGCUGUGGUAGAUUCAGAAUACCGAUUCAUCUACAUAAGUAUUGGUUCAUAUGGGAAAGAGUGUGAUUCUACCAUAUUAAAGAACAGUACCUUUUGGCAAAAGUUUAAUGAUGGUUCAUUAAAUAUACCAAACCCCAAGCCUGUGCAUGAAACCAUACAUGAAGAAAUGCCGUAUGUACUCAUUGGGGACGAAGGCUUUAGCUUAACACCGAAUCUCUUGAGACCAUAUGGGGGUACACAUCUAGAUCAUGAAAAAAAAAUCUUCAACUAUCGCUUGAGCCGAGCUAGAAGAUAUGUUGAGUGUGCCUUUGGUAUUCUAGCCAAUAAAUGGAGAAUCCUGCAUCGGCCGAUAGAUCUUCAAAUAGAAACGGCGAUUAACGUCAUAAAAGCUUGUACGGUUUUACAUAACUUUGUCCGAGAUAAAGACGGUAUUAAUUUACAACAAAACCCAAUAAGUAUGGAAACAAGUGAAGAAACGGGCCCGUUUCCACGUCGUCCACAUCCUCGACCGUGUAGAGGUGGUCCUACUGCAAAUAUAAUUCGAAGAGCAUUUGCUGAAUACUUCUCGUCUGAUCUUGGUUCAAUACCUUGGCAGGAAACAGCUAUAUGAAACUACCUACAUAGCAUUGAAUAAAAAAUUAACUUAC